AUGAUACUUUAUCCUAAAAUAAGACUGAUGCAGCUUUAGAAAAAGUAUGGUGAAAGUAUUAAAGUGGUUCACCAUUAUGGAACAGGUUUACUAAUGGAGUAUAAAAAAGGAUUUUAACAGCUAAAUGAUAGUAUGGCUUUUAUACGUAAAAUGUCAAAAGAAAAUUAAAGUAAUGUUGAAGCAUUUGCCUUUAAUAUUGGACCUAAAAUUGGAAUAAGCUUUGUUUAUCCAGAACUUAUAAAACAAGUUCACAAAAAUCAUGAUGCAUUCUAAAAGAUUGAUGUGAGUUAAGCUGUAGUUUAUCUUUUUUCUAAUUCACUUAUCUAUGCCACAGGUAAAUAAUGGUAGCGCUAAAGAUAAUUCUUAGGGAAAUCAUUCCAUUUUGAAGAAAUCAAAAAUUAUUUGCCUUGCAUUAAAGAUAUUUGUAUCAAAACUUCAAACUAAAUAAGUGAGGAUAUUAGAAUAAAUCCUUAAAAAGAAAUUUAAGUUGUCAAAAUUUGUGAAAAAGUUACUUCUGAAGUAGUUUUUAGGGUGUUUUUUGGAUCUACUUAAGAGAAUAUUCUAAUAGAACGAGAGGAUGGGUAGAAAUUAAGUAUCUCGGAAGAGCUUGUUUCAAUCGUUAUGGACUCUUUCCGAAUUCUUCAAUAAGAUAAAUUACUUUUGAUCAAAAGUUUAAUUUUAAAGAGAUACAGUAUGAAAAUAUUUCCUCUUAGAGAAGAGAAAUCGCUACAUAAUCGCUUGAUAUAACUAAAGAAAGCUUGUGAAACAAUAGUUUUAUAGAGAAAGAAAUAGCUCUAAUUAGAUCCUGCUUUGUAUAAAAAUAACUUUCUUGAUCUUUACUUGAAAGAAAUGAUUCAAAAUAGUAACACAUAAAUUACUAUUGAUGAAAUCAUAGCUAAUUUUUGUGGUCUCUUUUUUGCGGGUACAGAUACCACCGGAAAUAUGACAGGAGUAGCUUUGUAUUACCUUUCUUUGAAUCCUUAAAUUUAGAAAGAAGCUAGAGAAGAGGUGAUUUAAAUUAUUUCAAAGAAAAAUUCAAACUUAGACUUAAAAGACCAAUUUAAUUAUAUAACUUUUGAAGAUCUUUCUAGCAUGAAUCUCAUAAAUUCUAUUUUAAAAGAAUCUUUAAGGCUUAUUCCUCCUGCUAUUGGUGUUUUUCCAAGAUAUGCAAACAGAGAUAUUAAAAUAGGUUAGUUUGAAUUAAAGAAAGGAGACUUAGUGAACACUCACUUUAUUUACAAUUAGUCAAAUCCUUCAAUAUUUUAAAAUCCAGAACAGUUUGAUCCUAAAAGAUGGAUGAAUGGAAAUGAUUUGUAAUUUGCGUUUAGCUUUACACCAUUUUCAUUAGGCCCAAGAAACUGUAUAGGUUAACAUUUGGCUAUGAUUGAAGGUAAAUGCAUGCUUGCUAACUUUUUACUUAAGUAUGACAUUUUACCAAACAAAUCAUAAAACAUAGGAUUAGAAAUGAAAAUUAUUUACGGAUUAUCUCCUGAUAAUUUGGUUUAUUUUAAAUAGAGAUGA